AUGGACGGUGAAAUGCACGAGGGCAGCCCAAAGGACUUUACAUCGCACCUGAUGAAGGUCCAGCCAGACUUCCAGAAACAAGAGCCAUGGAUUGACGAGACCAUUCACCGUCGCGGCCACAAGGUUAUCUUUCUCCCCAAGUUCCACUGCGAGCUGAACUUCAUCGAACGAUUUUGGUGCGACGCCAAGCGAUACACCAAAGAUAUGUGCUUCAACAGUUUCCAAAAUCUCCUUCACCUUCUCGCACCAUAUGGCCCACACGACUGCGUGAUUUUUGCGCUGGGUCGCGACAUCACAGGAAUCGUCCACGUGACCACGGAUCUGGUUGGAUUCGAUUCGAUUCGAACCAAAUGGGAGAAGGCUGUCUCCCCGUUCAACAUGGCAAGCAUGAACGAGCCUGCUUCAAACACGGCAUCAUCUGCCACCCACCAAAGCCAAGCUGAAGCCAGAACAACCUCGUCGAUUCCCGAUAUCACCCAACUCUCACUCGAACCCAACCCAGACAUCUUCACCAUCGUCUGCUGCAACGACAGCUUCCAGCUUGCGAUUGAUCACAGCACCAUCAAGACCCUCCUCCGAGCGUGCAAACGCGCCCGUCCUCUCCUGAGCUUCAGGUUACCUCGCUUCCACACCUGGUGCCAGAAUGCAGGACUGUGUCAUCCAGACGGACAGAUAAAGUUCGGCCUCACACCGAGCGACCAGAUUGCCAUCUCGCUGCACUGUGAUGAUCAAGAGACAGCUGAUCGAUCCUGGCUCGUUGCUCAGGCAGAGCAUGGCAAUGCUGCCGCAUCAUAUUUCCUGGCAAGGAUCCUUCAAAUCGAGGUUGAAGGGCAACCCUACAUGGAACGGUCCACUCAGCAAUCCAUCAAGCAGCGAAUCUUCCACCAUUUAGAGAGUGCCGCCGAAGCCCAACAUCCGAUGGCACAGUUUCGCCUGGCCGAGUGCUAUCUCAACGGAAUUGAAGUCGACAAAGAUCACACCAAGGCCGCGGAGCUAUACCGUGGUCCUGCAGAUCGUGGAAUCCCUCAGGCCCAAGUUGCCCUCGGCCGAUGCUAUGAGACCGGCGAAGGUGUCGAACAAAGCUACGACACGGCCAUCGAGUGGUAUUCCAAGGCCGCAGAUCAAGGCAGCGAAGACGGUCGACUCCACAUCGUGUUCCUCCGAGGAUGGUUCUCGUUCAUCGGCCAUGGUGUCGAACAGAGCGAUGAAACUGCCUUCAACUACUGGCAUGAAGUCAGCACCCAAUCCACCGACCCAGUCAUCAAAUCCAUCGCCACCCACAUGGUCGGUUGGAUGCACUACCUCGGCCGGGGUAUCACGCAGGACAAGCAGGAAGGCGUCAGGAUCAUCCGAGAUAACCAAUCGGAUGAGUUCGGCCUUGGGGAAGCCGAGUGUCUGGCAUAUUGGAGUUCGAUCUCAUCCAACUCACCCGCAGCCUGCAAGUUCUUCCAGGUUUGCCAGCUGGGAUCGGACCGUGACUGGCUCUGCAGGCAUUUGAUGGCUGUGUGUGUGUUCCAUGGAUUCGGAACCACCGAGGACAAGAAGAAGGCAAUCGGCAUAUUCGAGCAGCUCGCCAACGAAGGCCACAGUGACAGUCAGUUGUGGAUCGGAAUUUGCUACUGCUUUGGCAGGGGAGUAUCGAGGAACUACGAGAAGGCACUCGAGUGGCUCUUCAAGUCGGCCAGCCAAGGCAAUUCUUAUGGGCAGUGGAGGGUUGGUAAUUGCUACUACUACGGAUACGGAGUUACCGGGGACGAACGCAAGGCAGUCGAGUGGUUCCUCAAGUCGGCCGAACAGGGCAAUCGAUACGGUCAGUUUUGGCUCGGCUAUUGCUACCAAUAUGGCCGUGGUGUCCCCCGGGACAUCGACACCGCCGUCUUCUGGUAUCGCAAAUCCGCCGACCAGGGAUGGCAAGAUGCCAUCGACAACCUCAAGGCACUCGGCAAGUGGCCCUGA